UUUCUACUCUUCCACAGCACUUGGGGCGAUGGGAUCCACGGAAGACACACUGCCCAUCCUCACAAAGCCCGGCGCCGCGCGCACGCCUCAACGCCGCAAGAAUGCGAUGUACCGUAUCGCGGCUGUGGUGUCGUUGCUUGCCGUCGUGGUCGUCACUGUGUACAUCACAUGUGCUUCUCCAUCGUCGGGACGAGUCGUGCUCCAUGGCAACCUUCCCGUGCUCACCAAGAACCCCAUCAUUGGCAUCCAUUCACAUCAGUCGUCUACCUACCACGACGAAAUCAUUGCAGCGUCGUACGUCAAGUGGGUCGAAAGUGCUGGUGGUCGCGCCGUUCGCAUUCCGUACAAUGCGUCGCAGACCGAGCUCCGUAAGCUGCUGCGCAGCGUCAAUGGAGUGCUCUUUCCUGGCGGGGACGGCGACCCGAACGAAGCCGCUGAGUUCAUUUACCAGUACGCGAUUGAGUUGAACGACAACGGGACGUACUUCCCCGUGUGGGGAACGUGCUUGGGCUUCGAGUGGCUCGUGCAGCUUCAGUCCAAGAACAACUCGAUCUUGGACACUGUCGACGCCGCCAACAUCAGCUCGACAUUGGCAUUCCCGCCACCCGACCGCAAUGCCAUUCCGAGUCGCAUUUUCAGCUUCAGCCCGGUGUUUGACGUGCUGAAAACCGCGCCGCUCACAGACAACUUCCACGACUUUGGCAUCUUUGACCAUCACUUUGCCGCCACGGACUUGCUCUCGUCAUUCUACAACCCCGUCGCGACAUCGGUGGACCGCCAAGGACGCACGUACAUUUCAGUGAUCGAAGCGUACAAAUAUCCUUUCUACGGCACGCAAUUCCACCCGGAGAAGAACGCGUUCGAGUUUGGCGAGUACCCUGACGGGAACUUGUGGAAGUGGAUCGACCACACGUAUGAAGCGAUCUUGACCUCGCAAGCAUUCGGCCACUUCUUUAUGCAAGAAGCGAGGCGCAACAAUCAUUCUUUUGCCGACGCUGAAGUCAAGCGGUCGUCCCUGCUGUACAACGUCCCGACCUCCAACAGGUCGUACCCUGUCUACGUUGAGGUGCUCGUGUUUCCAUGAGCCCCCGACGUGCAUAAAGUUCCCGAUCGAGAGGACGGGUCGCUUGUUACUUCGUGCUAAACACAAACACUUCUUCGUACAUCGGGUACGAUCGAUUGGACCGA